CGAUGGAGGGAGGCCGGAUUGGCGUGAGAGGCGCGUCCGGUGGAGGAGGGUGGCUUGGCGCGAGAGGCGUGGCCAGCAGUGGAGGAGGCGACCUCGGUGUGAGGAGGAGCUGUCGGUAGGUGUGGCGUGGUCUUCAGCGCACGAAGGCUGGCCGGUGGGGGACGCCGGUGCAGGGGUCCCACAUGUCGGCAGAGCUGGAGUGGUGGUGGAGCAUCGGGGCGUCAGCUGUGGAUUCGCAGGUGGUGAGCGGCGGGUGAAAACCUAGCCUGGCCUUGGCCGGGCCGACAACGAUCCCGAGGGCGUUGUCGUGCUGUCUCACCCCUCAAGGGUGGUUGCCGGGCGAAAGCCCAGUCUUGGCUCCUUUGAGCCCCGACGGACGGCAGCGGCGGUUUUCUCGUCGCUUCUCUUAUUGAAGAUAUCGUUUUGGUAUCCCCUAGGGGGCGAUCUCAUCUGUGUUUCUUUGUUGGUCUAGCGGCAGUCGGUCACGCUUAGCGGCGGUCGGUUCGAUGCUAGCCUUCUCCCGGGUUGUGCGUUGGCGCUGUCGGUGUGUGGGUGGUGGUAUUUUUUUCUUUUUCCUGGUUACGACCCUCCAAGGUUGUAAUCUUGUAAUUUUUUUCUGCUCUAUCGAUAGAACUUCGCACCGUCUCGUGUGAGGUUCAAAAAAAAUAAUUGGAAGGUGACAUAGUUUCCAGUAUCAAGACACAUCUGCAAGAUAAGAGGUGCGUACAAUUAGUAACAGAACCAGAGAAGGUGAAUAGCCUAGUAUCCACUUUCCAGUAGGGACUAUAUAAAAAACUGCAUUAAGUUUAUUUUUGGAAAAAUUUUCAAAUCUCGAGUUGAUGCUCCCUCAAUCCCUAAAUAUAAGGAAUUUUGGUUGGAUGUGACACAUACAACGAAUUUGGACGGCAUCAUGUCCAGAUUUGUUGUACUAGAAUAUAUCACAUCGAACCAAAAUUCCUUAUAUUUAGGGACGGAUGGAGUAGUUUUUAAAUCUCGAGUUGAAAGAAUCUGAGUUAAAAGUUUUUAAAUUUAAAAAGUUCAAAUAUCAAGUUGAAAAUUUAAAAAAAAUUGAGUUUAGAGUUUUAAAUUUUGAGUUGAAAGUUUUAAAUUUUAUGUAUUGCUUUUAAUUUUUCAAUAUAACGUUUUAAAUUUUACAUGAAAGUUUCUUUCACGUAUAGAUAUUUUUAAAAUAUGUUAGUUAUAAAGAAAACCAAAGGAAAAUCUUACCUUAAUUAUUGUCAUUAAAUCUAAUACAGUUAGUUACGCUAACUAAUCUAUACUAAUAUAAUAUAAAAAGUACGAGUUGCUAAGUGCAAUUGACACAGCAGUUGCAAUUAGCGCUUCUCAGAAGAAACCGUCGCCAGGAAAAAAAAAAUCGAAAAAAAAGGUCGCCAGACCGCCCGCGCCUCCUCCGCCUCCGCCUUCUGCCGCCGCGCCUCCUCUUCCUCCUUCCGGCGCCCCGCCGCCGCGUCUCCUCCCCCGCCUUCCGGCGCCCCGCCUCCUCUUCCUCCUUCCGGCGCCCCGCCGCGCGCCUUCCGCCGCCCCGCCUCCUCUUCCUCUUUCCGGCGCCCCGCCGCGCCUCCUCCCCCGCCUUCCGCCGCCCCGCCUCCUCUUCCUCCUUCCGGCGCCCCGCCGCGCGCCUUCCGCCGCCCCGCCUCCUCUUCCUCUUUCCGGCGCCCCGCCGCGCCUCCUCCCCCGCCUUCCGCCGCCCCGCCUCCUCUUCCUCCUUCCGGCGCCCCGCCGCGCGCCUUCCGCCGCCCCGCCUCCUCCUCCUCCUCCUUCCGGCGACGGGCAUGGAGCGCUUCUGCGGUUCUGCCGUCUAGGCUGAGGGGCCGGAGACGUCGCCGGCGGAGGCUGUGCAGUGACAUGCGCCUAGGCCAUUAACACCCGUGACCACCGUUGCAAGGCUGGGCGCCCUAAUGAGGCCGGCGCCAUCAACACAUGGAAAGUCUGCCCAUCCUCAACAAAAUGAAACCCCUGACAAGGAGAAUGAUGCUUCCGCAGUCACACAGCCCAGUCCACGAACCAACAUAGCCCAUCUCACUCGCCGCAGCUCCACUCUUCUUUCAUCUCCUGUCACGCUGCUGUACUUGGCCAAUUGGCCUAUACCCUAGUGCAGGGAUGCAAGGACUUUUCAGUCGUACCGCCUCUCCAUUCCAAGAUAUUAUAGUUGGGAAGUAUGAGAGUGCUUUGCUCUGCUUAGGUAACUUGCACUGUUAUUUUGGACAUCCGAAGAAAGCCUUAUAGGCAUUCACAGAAGCAGUGCGUGUUUCCCAAAUGGGUUGCAAAGGUCGAGGAUAUCUCAUUCGAUUUGCUGGCAUUAGAAUUCAGAAUAGUUGUCUGAUCACCUUCCAGUUGUCUUGCUUUCAUCCUAUUUCAUAAUCUAUUUACAAGAACAAGAUGAGCAAGCAGCUAAUCAUUUUGUUAAAAUGGAGAUGCAGAGAUUAUUUAUUGUUUGCAUGGAUAUGAAUUGAAUGAGGGCAUCUGAUUUCUCGGCGAUGCAUUUAUUAACGUGAUUGCAGAUACUGCAUGUGUUGCAGCUGAUGUAUGAGUAUACUUUCCUGAAGAAGAGGUAGCUGAUUUGUGUAGUUCACACAACAUAAGCACCAGUUGUCUAAUUCCUUGGAUAAAACCAUAUCAACUACAUGAAGAUCUCGUCAGUUUUUGUUCUUGUAUGUAUGUUUUCCCCUCUUUCAUCUAUAAAUAUAUUUAUGUUUUUUAAAAUUGAGCUGGAGUAAGAUGGUCAAUUGCUCCCAGUUCCCAUGCAUUCCGCUCAUUUGUUCCAAGUUUAGAGGUGCUUCAUCACUUCCAGAUCAGCAACCUUCUUUCAUAUAUAGAUUAUUUCUUUUAAAUCUAUUCCAUUCCAUUCAGUACUGGGCAUAUGCAUUACAUUAGGCACACACAGGAGACACAUGCCAUAUAUUAAGUCAUGGAGUUCUGCCUUCAGAUUUGGCAAGAAAAAGAUAUUCAGUGUGGCUUCAAGUAAUCUUAUGCAAGCAGGCUAUAAUGUUGUUAUUAAUUUCACUUGGAAAGAGUACUCGAGAAGAUCAGGAUGGUCCUCUAUCUGUCCACUGAAAUUCACAGUGCAUGUCAUGUUCAGUUUUGAGCUAUUCGAUGAAAGGUCUAUUUUUGGAAGCCUUUUUGUUUGUUUUUUUUUUGUCUGUUUUCUGGAAAGAAUACUGCAUAUGGCUACUUCAGAGAGUGCAGGCUUUGGCAGUUUUCUUUAGGAUGGGACCUGCCAUAGCAAUAGCCUUGAUCUCCUCUCUUCAAAUGGAUGGUGGAUGAGGUCUGUUUAAUUUGCUUGUCUUAGAUUGCGGGCUUACUUAUGUUCCUUUUGUCAUACAGUAAGCAUGUAAGUUCUGGUGAAAUUUUUUAUCUCUAGCUGCAUCAUACAUUUCGAUCUUUCCAAAUCUAUAGAUUCUGAUUUUAUCAAAAGGUGCUUGUGCUCCAGUGAAACCACUGGCCAUUUUGCUGGUAUAGUGAUAUUAGGGCCAUACAUGAAUUAGGGUUUUGUUUUUUUGAUAAACUUUGGUGAUGAACUUCAGAUAUCUUCCUGUUACUAUAUUGAAGCUGCAAUCAUUUCUAAAUUUUUGGAUCUCAAUUCUUUCUCUGACGGUAGCAGUUUGGACUGUAUACAUGUCAUUUUGCUGGUUUCUUUUGCUUUAAGGGAAUCAGGGCAGGACGGAAGAAACACUAUGACCAUGUCCCCCAUGUACGCAUCAAGCUCCCAAGUGAUAAUCUGAAUGCCUGCUCAGAUCCUAGGCGCCGGCGGAAUCAACCUUGACCCAUCAAUGAUGGUCAUCCCCCAUUGACGAUCACAUGGUCCAUAGAGACCAUGGUGUCUUGGACACCACCAUAAUUUUUGACGGUUUAGACUUUGUCUCCACUUUUUCCACUUUUUUUUUUAUCUCCGCAUUUGCUUAUACUUUAUAGUUCGGUAUUGGAUGUUCAUACUCUACAUGAAUUGGUCAUGUACUUGAAAUUUUGCACAUUUGGUACUGAAUCUGCACUCGAAGUGGGUUUCUUGAUUUGGUUAGGUACAUUGUAUAAGCUAGAUUUGCAUUUUGUACGAUUGAUUAAAGAAUAUGGUUUGUCUAUUUGCGUAGCUUCAAAUGAAUGAUGUUUAAUGCUAUCCUGUUUGUAAAUUUACAGAGCAAUAUAUUUGAUUGAAUUUAUUUUAGCCUUUUCGUGCGUUGCACGUGCAUGGUUACUAGUCCUAGAAAAAGAGGUGUGAACUAGCCGGUGCCACCGUGUUGCGGGCUUGUGGCUGCUGUUCUUGGCCCUCGUCAUGCUCUAAACUGAUUGCCAGUUUGUUUGUUAGAGUGCACAGUUCGGUCCAACUACCAUAGGUCACCCAGGUCACAUUGAGCCUGCUCCACCACAAGCCUAACCGGAGCCACAACUUUAGAUCCUAAGCCUACACAGCCCAAAAGACUAGUUUGAUGGAUGAGAGUUGCCCCCACCUUUUAAGUUGUGCUCCCCCACCGUUAAUUACCGAUGUGUGAGUAAACUCAAUAAUCUCCCCUGUCACAUCAACCCAUGUGAUUCGGAGACUUGUUACCUGGCCUCCCCCACCAUGUGACCUAUGGAAAUUGUUUCGGGCUUCAAACCUGAGCUCUGAUAUCACUUGUUAAAGUGCACAGCCCGACCCACCUUCUGUGAGUCACCUAGGUCACAUUGGUCACUUGGAGGAAGGGGCACGUGGCCACAAGGUGUUGCAGAUGAAGGGGGCGGGGUGGCGAUGUGGAAGAAAGGGGCGACGCGGAGCGGGCAGCGCAUGGUGGAGGAAGGGAUCGCAGUCGCGGCCGCCGAUAUGGGAUCGAGUACUUGAUCAUAAUUGAGGAUUUAUGGGCCACAUCCACAUGGGAUAUUAUUAAGCACGCUUUACCAGACGCUAAUAGUUGCAGCAGAAUACUUACCACGACAGAAUUUGAGGAUCUAGCUCUGCAAUCUUGUGGUUAUGACUCAGAGUAUAUUUUCAAGAUGAAACCUCUUGGUAAGGAUGAUUCAAGAAACUUAUUUUUCAGUACAGUUUUUGGCUCUCGUUCUAGCUGUCCUGAAAAACUUAGUGAGGUUUCACAUGACAUUGUAAGGAAAUGUGGUGGUUUGCCCCUAGCUGUUGUCACUAUCGCAAGUCUUUUAUCAAGUCAGCUUGAGAAACAAGAGCGAUGGAAUUAUAUAAACAAGUCCUUAGGUUACAGUUUGAUGACAAACCCUAAUUUGGAAGGGAUGAAACAACUACUGAAUUUCUGUUACAACAAUCUUCCUCAGCAUUUGAAGGCGUGCAUAUUGUGUCUUAGUAUGUAUCAAGAGGGUAACAUAAUUUGGAAGGAUGAUUUGGUGAAUCAAUGGAUAGCUGAAGGUUUUAUAUUUGCAAUUGAAGGGCAUGUCAAGGAAGAAAUUUCAAGAGUCUAUUUUGAUGAGCUUGUUGGUAGAAACAUUAUCCAGCCUGUACAUAUCAAUAACAAUGGUGAGGUUUUGUCUUGUGUAGUUCACCAUAUGGUACUCAAUUUUAUUACAUGCAAGUCGAUGGAAGAAAAUUUUAUGGUUGCUAUAGACCAUUCACAGGCAGCUACAAGAUGUGCUGACAAGGUUCGACGAUUAUCAAUGCACUUCGGUAACAUAGAAGAUGCAACUCCACCAACUAAUAUAAGAUUGUCCCAAGUUCGGACACUUGCCUUUUGGGGGGUCUUGAAGUGCAUGUCUUUUAUUACGGGGUUUCAACUUCUUAAAGUUCUAACUCUACAUUUUUGGGGAGAUGAGGAUAGCAUCAGCAGUUUUGAUCUCACAAGAAUUUCUGAACUUGUCCAACUGAGAUAUUUGAAGGUCACCUCUAAUGUCACCUUAAAACUGCCAACCAAGAUGCAAGGUCUACAAUAUUUGGAGACACUGAAAGUUGAUGGAAAUAUAGAUGGAGUUCCAUCAGACAUCAUCCAUUUGCCAGGCUUGCUGCAUCUUAGUCUUCCUGCUAAGACAAACCUGCCCAGUGGAAUCGUCCACAUGACAUCGCUUCGAACACUUGGAUAUUUUGAUCUCAGCUGUAACUCAGCAGAGAAUCUACUGAGCCUGGCUGAGCUGACCAAUCUCCGGGAUGUACAGCUCACCUAUUCUGCUGCACAUUCUGAUGAUCUGAAGAAUAAUAUGCAAUGCCUUGGAUCCAUUUUGGAGAAACUCAGCAACCUCAAGUCUAUAACUCUGGCACAACCAGGCUCCUCUUAUGCAAAUACUCUGCACGUUGAUAGUGCUACAAACAUGAGGAUAUCUGUUGCUGGCUGGAGCAUCCUGUCCUCUCCACCGGCCCUUCUUCAGAGGAUUGAGUUGUUACCGUGUGUUUGCGUUUUUUCUAGUAUCCCGAAUUGGAUUGGGAAGCAUGGAAAUCUCCGCAUUUUAAAGAUUGGGAUUAGAGAAAUAACAAGUAAUGAUGUUGAUGUUCUCGGAGGAUUACCCGCACUCACUGUUUUGUCACUGUAUGUCCAUACAAAACCUAUAGAAAUGAUUAUCUUUGACAAGGAAGGAUUCUCAAUCCUGAAAUACUUCAAGUUUAGAUGCAGCGUAGCGUGGAUGAAAUUUGAGGCCGGUGCAAUGCCUAAUCUUCAGAAGCUCAGGCUAGGUUUUGAUGUUCAUCGAGCAGAUCAACACGAUACUAUUCCAGUCAGAAUCGAACAUCUGUCUGGAGUUGAAGAGAUCUAUGCAAAAAUAAGGGUCACCUCUACUGCUGAUGAUCUUUGUAGAAGAUUUGCAGAGUCAGCAUUGACUAACGCCGUUACGAUGCAUCAAGGAAGUCCUAGUGUCAAUAUAUGGUGUGUAGAUUGGAUCUUCGAUGGUAAGGAUGAUAACAUUGCCAAGAAACGAGAGGUAGAACAUAGGAUUUUGCAACAACAACCACAUAUUGUGAAAGAAGGCUCAAAUGAGAAAUCCGCAUUUCUACAAAAGAACCUCGGGGAGGGAGCACAUAAAUCUGUUGGCAGCAGGAAGGAACCACAGAUGGAAAGAAGGAAGGUGAUCAGGAUGAGUUAUACAGAGGAUGACGGCUUCAGCUGGAGGAAGUACGGGCAGAAGGACGUGGAAGGCGCCAUGCACCCAACUACCCAAAUUAUUUCCGAUGUGCCCACAAGAUGACGACGGGCUGUAAGGCACGGAAGAAGGUGCAGCGCACCGACGGCGACCCGCUGAUGGUCGACGUCGUAUACAAGGGGGUUCACAGCUGUGCCGGCGUGCAUUCCGACAGCCAGAGAUCAUCCGCCGCGAGCUCUAAGUCUAACCUGCGGCCGACGAAGAGCAUGCAGGUGAGGGCGAGCUCCAAGGACGUCGGCCCCCCAGACGACGGUUACAGCUGGAAGAGGUACGGCCAGAAGAACAUCUUCGGCGCUAAUUACCCAAGAUGCUACUACCGGUGUAUACACAAGACCACGACGGGCUGCACUGCGACAAAAAAUGCACAGGCCACCGAUGGUGACCCACUCCUCUUCGACGUCGUGUACCACGGGGAGCACACCUGCGAUCUGCAGAGCACGCACUCCAACGACGUCGAACCGAUCAGGCCGCAGUCUGGGCUCGACGACGACAUGUGUACCGACGAUACGACGACUGUCUCCACACGCCACGACAGCAACACGGAUGCGUCCUCAAUUAGUUUUCAAUUAGAUUGGACCAAUUGCAAAGACGAAUCGGAUGGCCCUCCCACCACCCUAUAAAGAACAAACCUUGCAUACAUUACGUGUGCGAAUUCACGGAUAUGUAUCUUUAGUGUAUUUUUUACACACAUUUGACAUUUGUCUUGUUCAAUAUUUUUACGUAAACUAUGUGAAAAUGUACGUCGUACUCAAAUUAUACCUUUAAUGAUAAACCAAGAACAAAAUAAAUAAUAAUUUUUUUCA